AAAAAAAAAAAAAAAAAAAAAAGGAGUAGACUCUCUCACAUUCCUUCCGCGGUGGCCACCGUCGUGGUGGUUUUCACUAGCUAGGAUCAUCGCCGCCGCCUCUUUUGCCGAACCCACAUUUCCAUUUUCCGUUUCAGCUACUCCAUUUAAUCAUACCUAUUAUCUGCAGCUAAAUCUACGCCAAGAUGGUCGCUCAUGGAUUCACCGUCAAUUUGAAUAAGCCGCUCGUAUUUCAGGUAGGCCAUCUUGGGGAAGAUUAUCAGGAAUGGGUUCAUCAGCCAAUUGUCAGCAAAGAAGGGCCUCGAUUUUUCGAGAGCGAUUUCUGGGAGUUCUUGACUCGCACGGCGUGGUGGGCGAUUCCUACCAUUUGGCUACCGGUCGUUUGCUGGUUCAUAUCAUUGUCUUACAGGAUGGGGCAUACUCCUUCAGAAUUAUCUUUGAUGGUGGUAUUUGGAAUUUUUGUAUGGACAUUACUCGAAUACACUCUUCAUCGGUUUCUUUUCCAUAUCAAGACCUCGAGCUAUUGGGGAAACACCAUACACUAUCUUCUUCAUGGUUGCCACCACAAACACCCUAUGGAUAGCUUACGACUCGUUUUCCCUCCCGCUGCAACUGCUAUUCUGCUCUUUCCAUUCUGGAAUUUGAUCAAGCUUUUUGCUACCCCAUCUACCACACCUGCUUUGGUUGGAGGUGGGUUGCUGGGCUAUGUGAUGUAUGAUGUUACCCAUCACUACCUUCAUCACGGGCAGCCAUCUGGACAAAUGGCACGAAACCUUAAGAAAUACCACUUGAGCCAUCACUUCAGGAUCCAGACUCUAGGCUUUGGAAUUACUUCAUCACUAUGGGACAGAGUGUUUGGAACAUUUCCUCCACCUUCAAAAGUAGCUGUGAAAAAAAGAUGAUCCACUUCUGCAGGUGUUAGUGUAUCAGUAAAUAUAGGUUAUGACUGCAACUUACUGUGACUCUUUCUCAAAAUUAUUCUUUGUUCUUGUGCCUAUUUACUGCUUAACUCUCUGUUCAUGUCGUGUGGCGUUGUCGUCGGGAUGGCGCGAAACUGCCGAAUCUUGGCUUUCCCAGUGCCUUGGAUUGUAUUCUAUCCUGCCAUGAUAGCUCUGUGUAACAUGGAUCAAUAUGUUCUAAUAUAUAUAGUAUAGUUUUCCUAUGGUA